GGGGACCGAUAUUUAAGCUGCAGAAAAAAAGCCCUCAAAACUCCUGCUUGUCUGAAGAGAGAAAAAUACAGAAAGAAGGAAUGAAAGACUGAAAAAUAGAUAGCUAGAGAGAGAGGGAGAGAGAGCGAUAGAUAGAGAGAUUGAAAGAGACAGAAACACGGAGAGAGCGAAAGAAAGACAGAGAGAGAGAGAGAGAGAGAGAGAGAGAGAGAGGGGUGGAGCAGUUGAAUCUGGAAGCAGAAAACUUUUCCCAACAAGUUCAGGCAGCUCUGACACACACACACACGCACACACACACACACACACACACACACAGAACAGCCAGAGUGUGUCAGGCGUUGUGAACGAGUGCAAACGGAGUGAACAUGGGUGAAGACGAGGUGCAGGUGGAGAAGAGCAACAUGGAGAUGGAACACGAGAGUCAGGAGCUGCUGGUGCCGUCUGACCCCCAGCCGUCUCACAGCGACCCGUCUCACAGCGACCCGUCUCACAGCGACCCGUCUCACCCUCUGCAGCUGGACGAGACCCACGAGGUGAACGCCAUCACGGUGCUGACGCUCCUGGACCAGCUGGUGAAGAUGCUGGACUCGGUGCAGGAGAAGCAGCAGCAGAUGGAGGAGUGGCAGCAUGCGAUGGAGGGAUCGGUUCGUCACAUCCAGAACGACAUGAACAAACUGGUGAAGAGCAACAGCAUGACGACGAACAGCGUGAGCAAACUACUGGAGAAGAACCGCAAGAUCAGCGCCAUCAUGAAGGACGUGAGGGAGAAGAUGGAGAGACAGACAGUUCAGGUGAAGAAGCUGGAGGACAACCACAACUACCUGCUGCACAGGGACAACUUCAGAGUGCUCAUCUUCCAGGACGAGAACGAGAUCCCCUCCAGUGUGUUCGUGAAGGACUCGAUUCAUGGCGCUGAAAAUGAAUCCCUCUCUCCUGAUGCUAACCGCUCACAGGAAGAAGUGGAGCUUCACACUGUCCAGCUUUCCUCAGACGAGGAUCUCGAUGAAGAACAGGAGGAUGAGGAAGAGUUUGUGGAAGUGCUGGAGCCGCUAGAGAAAUCUCGCACUGAGAAGAUCAAACGCUCCAGUCUGAAGAAGGUGGACAGUCUGAAGAAGGCUUUCUCCCGCGAGAACUUUGAGAAGAAGAUGAACAAAAUCGUCUCAGCAGAGAAACGUGAGAAGAUCAAGAAGAGUCUGAGUCAGAAGAACAAGAGCGGUUCAUUCAAAAUCUUCCACAUCAAGAAGACUCGAGAAGGAGGUAAGGAACAUGCUGAGCACGAGACCUUCACUGAGAUCCACGCUGACCUCGCUCCAGCUCAGGAAGAGGACGCGGAGCACGAGGAACUGGCCAAGGAGAAGAUGGGAGGGGCUAAGGAGAAAGAGGAAGUGGAGGAAGUGGAGAAGGAGGAAGUGGAAGUAGAGAAGGAAGACAUGGAGAAGGAGGAAAUGGGGAUGGAGGAAGUGGAGAAGGAGGAAGUGGCACUGGAUGAUGAUGAUGAUGAUGCUGAGAACGAGCUGUCAAUCACAGAGGGGCUCAGGGCUGAGUACACACUCUCAGCCACUCUGCCUCAGGAAACCUCCCACAUAUCCCACAAUGCACUGCACGGAGAGGAGGAGGAGGAGGAGGAGGAGCAGAGAGAGAGAGAGGAAGGUGAUGAAGGUGAAGAGGAGAGCACUGCUGCAGAGAAAAGCUCUUAAAGCUUGUUCGUUCUGUUCCUCCUGCUGACCUCGGCACCAAUACAUAGGAAAUGAUGAUGUAAUGAUGAUGUAACGAUGAUGUAAUGAUGCGAUGAUGAUGUCAUGAUGAUGUCAUGAUGAAAUGAGUGAAAUUUCAGGUCAAAUUUUAUUGGAAUUAAUAUAAAGAGGAAAAACCAUGUAAGUGUAAAAACAGUGUUUAUCAGAAACGCAUCUGCUGAUGUCUCUAAAAAGUCAAAAGUUUAAUAUUUAGAGUGAAAAACUUAAACUUUUAUUAAAACCUAAGAGUAAAACAUCAAAAACACGGUGUAUACACCACAAACUGUUUUCAGAUGUGAAUUAAAAGUCUUUAAAAAAUACACUACAAUAUUUGAACACUACUGUCUAAUGUCUUUAAUCUCUGAUCUAUAACUUUACUGAAAUAUUAGUGAAAUAUUAAACUUUAUUUUCACUCUUAAAGCUACUAAUGAAAAAACUGAUGAUGCCAAAGAAAGUGACGAUGAUGAUGAUGAUGAUGAUGAAUGUCUCAUAACCGAGUUCACUUGCCUUGUUGCCUGUGCACCUCUUUCCAUAUUAUUCUACAAUAAAGAAAUAAAGCUUCUGAACUUUCA